AUGAUUGGUCAAGAAGAAGAGUUCCCUGUCGAAAUGUUUGAAAUUGUUAUGAGAGCACUGGAUGCAAUUUGCAAUCUAGUCCGGAAUUAUCACUGUUUCGGAAACCACCGAGAUGUUCGAGAUCAUCUUUUGGAACAGGGAGCUGGAAUAGGAGUUUACCGUGAUACGGUGAUCAGCGGCGAUUGGGAGUACAGCCUUCAACCAUCAGAGUGUUGGAAGCCAUCGAUGAGGAUUGAGUGUGUCCAACAAGACUAA